AUGCUCCGUCAACAAGUUCGCGCACUUCACGCCACCGCUAGAAGGUCUGAUUUCUCGAAAAUGACCAUUGUCGGUCGCAUUGGCUCGGACUUCACCGAAUACACGUCUGCCAACAACAACAAAUAUCUCAAGUACAGUAUCGCGUCACAGCCCAGAAGAGAUGGUACAACAAACUGGUACAAUGUCACGGUGUUCAACGAACCUCAAAUCAACUUUCUGACGCAAUACGUGAGAAAAGGCGCCCUUGUGUACGUCGAGGCAGAUGCCGCCAACUAUUCGUUUGAAAGAGAAGAUGGCUCCAAAGGCACCACGUUGAGUCUUGUCCAAAGUAUGUUUACAGCACAACAAAUCCAAUAG